UGGCGCGCUAAGGUAAAGGUAAGCCACUGCAACUCGGAGAAUUGUGCCACAUUUCCAUGGGAUUGCCUGUAGGCAACACGUUCGUCUGCUGGCUCUGUCUUGCUUGUGAUGCUAUGGGUGGCUGGACUCAGUGAGGAGAUAGGCUUGAUGGUAGCUGUGUGUUUGGCAACCGAAAUAGCUGUGUGUGCAGACUGCCCGGGUUGUUCAGCAGGGGUUGUGGAGAACCCCGCGGAGCAAACCCCUGAACGCCAAGACCUUCCGAACGAACCGGCGGCUUCCAUCGGCACAAGUGACGUCGUUGGCCCCGAUAUCUCCCCCAGGGAAGGGAGGCAGCACCUUCUCUCCGCUUCAACUGAGGGUGAUGGGACCAACUCUUGACCUCCUCCGCCCUUCUGGUAAUUGACAGUCUGAAUCCCGAGUCUCGUCCGUCCUGAGAAAUGAGGAGCGUCCGCCUCUCCCGGCCUCAUCCGGCGCUCUUCCGCCGCGGCGGCGCGCAGCAGCCUCACCCGCUCCGCCCGUCACUGCUGAUCGCUUCUGCGUCAUGCGGCUUCCCCAGCAGCCAGAAACCACAGCGCAGACAAGCCGGGUCCAUCUCACAGCGUCCCGACUCCAAACAUGUCAUGUUCCCCGGGGCGGUCAAGUCGGCCUUUAGCAACACGAUGCGGUUCGAGCAGCCGUCGACAUAUCCGGCCCUGCCCACGUACCGGGUCGUCGACCAGCACGGCGUUGUGGUGGACCCGAACUUUACCCCCGACCUCAGCGAUGAGGAGGUUGUCAAGCUCUACCGCGACAUGCUCACGGUGUCCAUCAUGGACGUGAUCAUGUUCGACGCGCAGCGCCAGGGCCGCCUGAGCUUCUACAUGGUGUCGGCUGGCGAGGAGGCUGUGUCGGUCGCGACCGCGUCGGCACUGUCCAAGGCGGAUGUCGUUUUCUGCCAGUAUCGCGAGCAGGGCGUGUUCAAGCAGCGCGGGUUUACGCUGAACGACUUUAUGAAUCAGUUGUUUGCGAACCAGAAGGACCCGGGGAAGGGCAGGAACAUGCCGGUGCACUAUGGCAGCAGAGAGUUGAAUAUUCACACCAUCUCGUCGCCCCUCGCGACCCAGCUCCCUCAGGCCUCGGGGGCGGCGUAUGCGCUGAAGAUCCAGAGGAUGCAAGACCCAAGCAUCCCUCCGAGGGUAGUGGCGGCGUACUUUGGAGAGGGCGCGGCCAGCGAAGGAGACUUCCACGCAGCCUUGAACAUUGCUGCCACGCGGUCCUGCCCGGUCAUCUUCAUCUGCCGCAACAACGGCUACGCAAUCUCGACGCCAACACUGGAGCAAUACCGCGGUGAUGGGAUUGCGAGCCGCGGCUUGGGCUACGGCAUUGAAACCAUCCGCGUCGAUGGCAACGAUUUCUGGGCGGUCCGGGAAGUGACGAAGAAGGCACGCGAGCUGGCGCUGCAGGACGGAGGCAAGCCGGUCCUGAUCGAGGCGAUGACUUACCGCGUCAGCCACCACAGCACGUCGGAUGACUCGUUUGCUUACCGGGCGAGGGUGGAGGUGGAAGACUGGAAGCGGCGGGACAACCCGAUUGCCAGGCUGCGCAAGUGGAUGGAGGCCAAGGGCUGCUGGGACGAAGAGAAGGAAAAGGAGGCGCGCGACAGCAUCAGGCGGGACGUGCUCAAAGCAUUCUCGGAGGCCGAGCGGGAGAAAAAGCCUCCGAUUCGCACAAUGUUCGAGGAUGUCUACGAGGAGCUGACGCCGGACCUGAAGCAGCAAAUCAAAGAGUUGAAGAGCCAGUUAGAGAGAUACCCGGACGAGUACGACGUUGGCGAAUUCGAGGGCGGGAUUGGUAGUCUAGAAAAGUAAGGUAGCGAGUGAGCAAUUUCAUCUGAUUUUUUUUUUUUCCGUGGGGGGUUCGCG